AUGGAGGCCUCCUUCUCUCUGCUGCUGCUGCUGCUGUUGCUGCUGGACCUGGGGGCCCAUUGGGCAGGAAGUGUCACGUUUAAGACCCACAUCAUCGGUGGACGUGAGGCUGCCCCCCACUCCCGGCCAUACAUGGUGUCCCUGCAGAGAGCCGGCGCCCACCUGUGUGGGGGCGUCCUCGUGCACCCGUGGUGGGUGUUGACAGCUGCCCACUGCGUGGCUCUGCCGACCCAUCAGCUGAGGCUGGUGCUGGGGCUCCACAAGCUCAGAGACCCUGGCCUCACCUUCCGAGUCCGGGCAGCGGUCCUGCACCCCAAGUACAAGCCGGCCCCCAGUCUGCAUAGCGACAUCGCGCUGCUUCAGCUGGACUCUAAGGUGAGGCCCAGCAAGACUGUCCGGCCCCUGACCUUGCCCCGAGGGCACCAGGCAGUGGCAGCAGGAGCAAGGUGCAGCGUAGCAGGCUGGGGGCUGACCCAGGAGAGGGGGCAACUGGCAGGAGCGCUGCAGGAGCUGGACGUGCACGUGCUGGACGCCAGGAUGUGCAACAACAGCCGCUUCUGGAAAGGCAGCAUCACCCACAGCAUGAUCUGCCUGGAAGCCAAGUCCAAGAACCAGGCCCCCUGCAAGGGGGACUCAGGCGGGCCCCUGGUGUGCAGCAAAGGCCGGGUGGCUGGAAUCCUGUCCUUCAGCUCCAAAGCCUGCACCGACAUCUUCAAGCCCCCCGUGGCCACCGCCGUGCGCCCCUACGUGUCCUGGAUCAGGAAGGUCAUCAGCCGCCGGUCGGCCCCAUCACACGCCUGA